UGGGACCAAGUUUCCAAGAGUGUAGGGCCAGAUGUUGAAACAAGUUAGCAUUCAUAUAUGGAAUAAAUAAUGUACUUGAACCUAUUCUGUUUGCUUUGUUUUCUCUUAGUGCUCCUGGCAGGUUGAGGGCUUUUGGAGACCUCUGUUUUUCCAUAGACCACACAGCACGAGGGUGGCAACGCUUCUGCAAACAGCUCUGCUCCUGAGCACUCCCUCCUGCAGACAACAGCAAAGAAAGAUGUUUGGUUUUCACAAACCGAAGAUGUACCGAAGUAUAGAGGGCUGCUGUAUUUGCAGGGCUAAGUCUUCCAGCUCUCGUUUCACUGACAGUAAACGUUAUGAAAAGGAUUUCCAGAACUGCUUUGGGCUCCAUGAGGCCCGGUCAGGAGACAUCUGCAAUGCAUGUGUUCUCUUGGUGAAAAGAUGGAAAAAACUGCCAGCAGGAUCCAAAAAAAACUGGAAUCAUGUGGUGGAUGCAAGGGCUGGACCCAGUCUUAAAACGACACUGAAACCAAAGAAAAUGAAAACUCUUUCUGGAAGCAGAAUGAAGAGCAAUCAGAUCAGCAAACUGCAAAAGGAAUUCAAAAGGCACAACUCUGAUGCCCACAGCACCACUUCAAGUGCCUCUCCAGCUCAGUCUCCCUGUUACAGUAACCAGUCUGAUGAUGGCUCUGACACAGAGAUCAGCCCAGGGUCCAGCAGAACACCAGUCUUCUCCUUUUUAGAUCUCACCUACUGGAAAAGGCAAAAAGUCUGCUGUGGAAUUAUUUACAAAGGACGUUUUGGAGAAGUCCUUAUAGACACUCAUCUCUUCAAACCAUGCUGUAGCAAUAAGAAGUCAGACACUGAGAAGCCAGAACCACAGGGACCCCAAUCUCCAGCCGUCUCCAAUCAGGAGGAAUGGUGACUUCCUCAGCAAAUAGCAAAAAGGUUUAUAUGGAACCUUUUUUAUUCUCUGGAAGAUACUAGAAAAUGACCCUCUCUUCACUUUGGACACCUGCUAUGCUGCCAAAAGACCAUUCCUUAAAACUGUUUUUGGUUUUACUGCCACAAUUCCACAGACUCUGAAACCAGUUUGCAUCUUUUUUUUUUUUUUUCCAGGAAAAAAAAAGUACAUAAUAUUUAAGAUGCUAUGGAACACUUAGCAAAGCUGAAUGCUGCUGCAAGGUUGUCCCUUAAGUCAUUCUUCCCCCCACACAGCCCUCUACACGACUGAACUUGAAGAUGGGUUUUGCUGUAUAAUAAAAUGUAUGUAGUUUAAUAUUUCUAUACUGAGAGAAGCAUUGGUGGUGUCAUGCAUUUUAAGUUGGUUGAGCAUUCUUAUUUUUCUCCCCAAUUUAAGGUAUUUCUUUUUUGAGACACGAUUUGGUAGCAUGAAUCUAUGCAUAGAAGCGUUUAAGUCUAUUCUUUACCAGACUUCUAUUUAUAUAUAUAUAUAAUGUAUAUUUUUUUUAAAUAUAUGGUGAUCUAAAUCUGUACUACUGAUGUUUAAACAAAGACUGACUUUAAUUUCAUCCUUCGUUUAAGGCAAGGACAGGUAACUGCAGACACCCCUUAUGUGAGUAGUGCUAAUUUGAGAGAUGGGUCCAAAUGUUAAGUAUUCAAGAAAGCUGAAGAGACGGUGAACUCUUUGGCCAUCUUUGUCAGUCCCUCCUUAACUAAGAGUUGAAUAAAAGUAAAGUGUAAAACCACUGAAUUACAACUGAGAUGCAGACAUGUAAGGCCUUGUGCGAUCGCACCCAGAGAAGAGUCAGAGAGGCAACCUGUGGCCCACAUCAGAUGUAGAUGAGGAAUUGGGUUUAGAAUUUGCCAUCUUGAAUUGUUGGAAUCUAUGAAAGAACAAACAGCUGAUGGAGUAUAACCAGAGAAGAGGCCAGGUCCUGGUUUUGGACCUGUCGCAACCAAGACCACGUGGAUAAGGAGUCGAGCACCAUUCCAGAUAUAACUUGGCACCUCAGUGUUUUGUCUGCUUAUUUGUUUUUUGUUUUUUACUGGGGGUCUGAUCCAAGAUUCCUGUUCUGGAACGUAUUCCUUUCUUUUGCAACCAAUGAAGUAACACUUCUGUAAAUGCUGGAUCUAUUGCAGACUCUGUACAUGCUGUUUAAAAACUCGAGAUGGCUCUAUGCAUGUUGUGGCAAAACAGUGGGUUAAUAUUUCCUAUGCACAUUCCUGAUUAAAACUUGUGUGCAAAUGGUUGUGGCAUUCCUGUGUGCUACAGCUUUUGCUUUUAGGGUGCAAACAGCUUCUUCAGAGUUGGCUAUAGUUAAGCUUCUGACUUGCUUCAUGUUUCUUUUAUGAAGGUUUAACUUGCGUAAUGUUGAAAUUGGACUUUUUUUGGAUCCUUUUGUGAAACUGCAGUGGACUGCUAAAAACUUAUUUUUUCCUAUGGGUCUUCAGCAUGAAAUUUGGAUAGGCAGGGCUUUGCUGGUUGGUGAGCAUAUAGAAGAUAAAAUGAUAGUGGGGAAAAGAGAUUCAGGUUUAAAUACAAACCUUCCUUCAACUUCAAAGCAGAAACCAAGCUUUUUUUUUUUUUCCCCUUCUGUUAAGAUGUCUCAAGUUGUUGGCAGGAUGUCACAAAAAAUGGAGCUUGGUAUUUUCACAGCCUUACAGUGCCCUUUCACUGUAGUUUUUGCUUUCUUUUAAACAUGUUACUUGCAUUCUAAAGGGAGGGCAAAAUUACAUAGUACCAUUUACAUUUGAGUUUGUUUUUAAGUGUCAGUGAUUCCUUUUGCUCAUGGCUGCAGUACUGGUGGUAGGAUGUGCUCUAAUAUCAAUCAUCUGUCUUCUGUAUGUAUUUAUUUAUUUAUUGCUAGAUUUCAGCCACCAACUGCUUCCCCUUGCUCCUUUCCAUUUUUUCCUUUCUCUGUAGUAAUGCAAGAUGAACUGUAUGUAGUCAUGCACUUUGUAUUAAUGUAUUAGAAAUGUAUGGAAACUGUUUUGUACUUUUCUAUUCUGUUCAUACACUUGUAAUCCAAACUUUUUGUUUUUUGGGGUUUUUUUACUAGGGUAACAAAUAAAAAUUCAGACUUAUUUAGAAAAAUAAACCUGUUUUUUAUCUUUUUUCUUUCCAGGAUUACUUGAGUUCUGCCUAGAAAUGAGGUUUGCAGGCACAAUGGUUAAACCAGAUCAGGCAAUGCAAGGUUCAUUGUAAGCAAUUUUGUGCAAAAAAAAGACUGAAAGGUAAUUCUUUUUCCUGAAAUUAGAGAAACUGAAACUUUGGAAGAGGAGUUGAAGUAUAGAGGAGGAGUACUGUGUACUUCCUGCUUGUUUUCACCUGCUCGGGAAUUACCAGUAAAUGUGAACUGCUUUCAUCUCUAAUCCUUGAAGAUGAUGCUGUUUGGGUGACCUUCAGUAAACUUGUUGUAAUCUCAAGGCACCAGGAACAUUGUUCUUGAGAACAAAACAUUUUAUUGUGUAGUAUUGAGAAGCAGGUCACCCAGUGGAGUUGUCUGGACAAGGAAGGAGGCCACUUCAGUGAUU